GAAAAAAAAAAAAAAUCAGUGUGUUGUGUUUUGAUGAUAAAUAUCUAUUCAAAAAAAUAAAUAACAAUAAGUAUGAAGUAAUUAUUAAUAAUUUAUAAAUAACGUAGAUAUUUGUAGAUUAAUAAACAUGGCAUUUAGAACAUUGAUAAACUAUGGACAAACUGGAAGAUGUAUAUUUACAAAUGUAAAUUGUCAGAGAAAUUAUUUGAAUGUAAAAAAUACAACAAGAUUUUUCAAGACAUUCAGAGAUUCAUCAAAUGGAAAUAUUAAAUCUAGAAAUUUAUUUGAUACAACAAUUCCAUCAAGUGGUAAUUAUUUGAAACCAAUUGGUUUUGCAAUUCUGUUUGCUGGUGUUACACAUGCUGGUGCAACAAUAUGGGAAUAUGAAAAAAUCAGAAAUAGAGCAUGGAAAGUGAUCAAUCGUUAUCAAGAACGACAAGUUCCUCGAACAGGAUGGCGAUUACAAGCUGAAACUUGGUGGCGUAGUUUAACAGAAGGACAACGUAUAUUUGUACCAAUAUGUUUUUUAAAUAUUCUUGUUUUUGGUGCUUGGAGGAUACCAGCUUUACAAUCAACAAUGUUACGUUAUUUUGUUGCAAGUCCUGGUUCUCGCUCAGUUUGUUUACCAAUGAUUUAUUCAACAUUUUCACAUUCUUCAUUGGUACAUUUAGGUUUAAAUAUGUAUGUUUUACAAAGUUUUAUAACUCCAGCUGUUCAAACACUUGGAAAAGAACAAUUUGUUGCACUUUACUUAACAAGUGGUAUGAUGGCUAGUUUAUUAAGUCAUUUACAUAAAGUUGCAUUUAAGAUGCCUUCUCGUUCACUUGGUGCUUCUGGUGCUAUAAUGGGAAUUGUUGGAUUUAUAUGUUUAACUUAUCCUGAUGUACAACUUGGAGUUGCAUUUUUACCAAUGAUUACAUUUUCAGCUGCUAAUGCUCUUAAAGGCUUAAUUGCCAUGGAUACAAUUGGCUGUGUAUUUCGUAUGAAAUUAAUUGAUCAUGCUGCACAUUUGGGUGGUGUAUUUUGGGGAAUGUUUUGGCAAAUGUGGGGAAAUUCACAUAUUUGGGGAGGACGUGAACCAUUAUUAAAUUUAUGGCAUCGUUAUCGUAAACCACCACAAAAAGAAGAUUAAAUUUUUCAUAUUUUUUUUUUUUUAUUUUUCAUCUUACACAUAUAUAAGGUUUAAAAUAUGGUCAAUUUGUUAAUGACAAUAUAGACCAAAAUAAAUAUAAGAAAAUAAUAAUAAAAGUAUAUUUAUUUAUUAAAAAAAAACAUCAAAAUUAUUAUUUAUUUUUUAUUUUUAAUAUAUUUAAUAUGAUGUUUAAUAUGAUCUUUAAUAAAUGUAGAGAUAAAAAAAUAA